UGCUCUUCGUGUGUCACGUCGGGAGAGGAGAGAGACGGGCGCGAUGUAAUGACGUUCUCGGUGCUGAUUGGAGCAGCAAAGUGAGGUCAACACCAAGCGCCCGGUUCGGUCCCCGCAUUUCUGUAGGAGUUCUGCACCAUGAAGCUGAGCAUCAGUAAAGUCGCCAAUGGCGCCCGACUCGGAGUCAUUAGUAACAUUGGCCGGAAUGGGGACAAGACGUUGGAAGUACCAGGAUGUUUGUUGUACACAAAGACCGGAUCCCCGCCCCAUCUCACCCACGAUACACUUCAGACUAUUGAGGGCGUCCCAGCCGUGACCCACAUCACUCUCUCUACUCUAGCGGAACACCAGGAGGUCCUGGAGGAAUACAAGGAGGGCAUUGGGAAGUUUGCAGGUAUGCCGGACGCCGUGCUCUACUGCUCCACCCACGACCCAGUAUCCCCCUGCCCCACGGGGUAUAACACCAACAAGGCCGUGUCACUUUGGGGGGCCGGCGGCCGGAUUGAGAUGACGGCCCAAAAGUUCAUAUCUGCCCAGCGGGUCCUGCGGCCGGACUGGUUCCAGUGCCUCUCGGAUGGAGAAGUGACGCCCGGAGGGAACUCGAGGAAGAGGGUCAAGAAAUCUGUGGAUCGGACUUUGGCGUUUUUAGACGAAUGUCUUCAGCUUCUCUCUGGGCACGAGGAUCUGAAGCCGUGCGUGCUGAUUGGUGCCGUGGAGGGAGGGGAUCUGCUGGAGGAGAGGCUGCGGUCGGCCCGGGAGACGGCUAAGAGGCCGGUGGGGGGGUUCCUCCUGGAUGGGUUCCACGGGGGCUCCGCAGAGAAGGAGCUUUCCCUCAUCUCUGCCGUCACUGCAGCUCUGCCUGAGGACAAGCCAAGGUUCAUACACGGCAUGGGGCGGCCCGACGAGGUGCUGGAGUGCGUGCAGAGAGGGGUCGACCUGUUCGACAGCUGCUUCCCCUACCGAGUAACGGAGCGAGGCUGCGCCCUGAUAUUCAGCCACUGCUAUCGGCCGGACCCCGAAACUGCAGUUCUAGAGAAAAGUGAAACGAGCGGCGCUGAGCGUAAUGGGGAUGUGGGAGCUGAGAGUGAGGAACCCGACGCGGAUCGGGCAGAAAUGACCUCGUUUGAGAUCUGCCUAAAGGAGAAGAGGUUCCGGGAGGAUUUCCGGCCGCUGCUGGAGGGCUGCUCGUGUUACUGCUGCCGGAACCACAGCCGGGCCUACGUGCACCACCUACUCGCGGCCAAGGAGCUGCUGGCCGGGAUCCUGCUCAUGAUACACAACUUCCAGCACUAUUUCCGCUUCUUCGGCUCCAUCCGGGCCGCCCUGAGGGACGGGGAGAUCAACGCCCUGGCGGAGCUGAUCCGAAAGCAAAGCUCCUGAGAGCAGAACUGGGCGGAGCUUAUCCGAAAGCAAACCUCCUGAGAGCAGAACUGGGCGGAGCUUAUCCGAAAGCAAACCUCCUGAGAGCAGAACUGGGCGGAGCUUAUCCGAAAGCAAACCUCCUGAGAACUGGGCGGAGCCUUUCAUCUCCUGGGGCCACGGCUCCGUCCCAUUGGCUGCUCCAGUCAUCAUUACUCUGGCGACCAUUUCUUGUUUCUUAUCUUUUAUACAAAUCCUCGGCCAUCGGCCAAUAACGUGUGUCCCCCGGGCUGGGCCCUUGGUAGUCACUGCAGUGAAUGUGGCCCCUAGCGAGGGACCAGCUGUGAUGGCCGCCAGUCUCCAGGCAUUUUUAUAUUUUAUAUAAAUGGCAAGUGGAGCCCAAUUGGAAGAUAUUCACGUGUAGCAGAUAAACUCUCUGCCCGGUCUGUAAGUUGGUAACAAUAAAGUGUAAAUGUAGCCUA